GAGAGAGGGAUGAGGAAAGGGAGGAGGAGAAGAGGAGGGGGGAGCACUUGCUUUCCCCCCUUUCUUUCUUCCAAAGAUGUUGGAAAUCGCAGUCAUUUACGCUCGGCAAUUUUUACAAUAGCCUUGAGCCAUAAUUUUGCGAGGCUCCUCAGCAUCCAUCCCCCUUGCAUGGUCUCUCACCACUGGCCAUGCACGACCGUCUCUCUCCCCAACCGUGGAUUUCCUAUUACUCUCGUUACGACUCACUGAGCCCCAGGCCCAAGGAUAAUGAUGUGUUGUUUCUUGGUAGCAUAAUUUGUCACACGUACAUUUUUUUCCCCCUUCUUCUUCUUCUCUUGCAGAAAGCUCUGCUCACUCUCCCUCUCUCCUUCCUGCUCUCUCCUUCCUCCUCUCUGCCUCUGACAUUAGCCCCUCAUGCUUCUAUACACACACAUACACACAUAUAGAUAUAUAUUAUUACUAUUGUAAUUCACCAUGAUGAAAUGAUGUGCGGGAGAACAAACAGUGCAGCAGAGUGACUGGCUGGAGUUUGGGAAGAAGAAGAAGAAAAAGAAGAAGAAGCUUUCCCCUCUCUGGAUCACGCUGCAGACUUCUAUAAAGGGAAGGAGUGGAAUAAUCCCAUUUGGGGUGGGAGGCUGAAGUGAACCCUAUACUUUGGCAUCUGGUUGACAGCAGGUUGCACGUGAGGCCCGCCAUGUCCAGAUCGGGGGACAGGACUUCCACCUUUGACCCGAGCCAUAGCGACAAUCUCUUGAAUGGCCUGAACCUCCUUUGGCGGAAGCAGCUCUUUUGCGACGUAACCUUGACUGCCCAAGGACAGCAGUUCCACUGCCAUAAAGCUGUACUUGCAUCCUGCUCCCAGUACUUUAGAUCGCUCUUCUCCAGUCACCCUGGCCAAGAUGGUCUGUCGUCUGUCCAAAAUGACCAGCAGCAGCAGUCAGAAGAGCCUGGGACGCCUUCCUCUUCUCCAGAUGAUAAACUGCUGGUUAGCCCUAGGGCUAUCAAUAACCUGGUUUUGCAAGGGUGCUCCUCAAUAGGUCUACGUUUGGUCCUGGAGUACCUUUACACGGCCAACGUAACCUUGUCUUUAGAUACAGUUGAGGAGGUAUUAUCAGUCAGCAAGAUAUUGCACAUUCCUCAGGUGACAAAGCUUUGUAUUCAGUUUCUCAAUGAUCAGAUCUCAGUGCAGAACUACAAGCAGGUGUGUAAAAUUGCAGCUCUGCAUGGCCUAGAGGAGACCAAGAAGCUGGCCAAUAAGUAUUUGGUGGAGGAUGUGUUGCUGCUCAACUUUGAAGAGAUGCGUUCCAUGCUGGACUCUUUACCACCCCCUGUGGAGUCUGAGCUUGCCCUCUUUCAGAUGUCUGUACUUUGGCUGGAGCAUGACAGGGAAACUCGCAUGCAGUAUGCCCCAGAUUUGAUGAAGAGGCUACGCUUUGCUCUCAUUCCUGCUCCAGAGUUGGUAGAGAGGGUGCAGUCAGUGGACUUUAUGAGGUCUGACCCUGUUUGCCAAAAGUUACUGCUGGAUGCUAUGAACUAUCACCUGAUGCCUUUCAGACAACACUGCAGGCAGAGCAUGGCCAGCAGAAUUCGAUCCAACAAGAGGAUGUUGUUAUUAGUCGGAGGACUGCCUCCUGGACCAGACAGACUGCCCAGCAACUUGGUUCAGUACUAUGAUGAUGAAAAGAAGACAUGGAAAAUACUCACAAUUAUGCCAUACAACAGCGCUCAUCACUGCGUGGUAGAAGUAGAGAACUUCUUGUUUGUGUUGGGAGGAGAAGACCAGUGGAAUCCUAAUGGAAAACAUAGUACAAAUUAUGUGAGUCGGUAUGACCCAAGAUUCAACAGCUGGAUACAGCUCCCACCUAUGCAGGAAAGGAGGGCCAGUUUUUAUGCAUGUCGUCUGGAGAAGCAGCUGUAUGUAAUUGGGGGAAGAAAUGAAAGCGGUUACUUGUCAAGCGUGGAAUGCUACAACCUUGAGACAAACGAGUGGUGCUAUGUGUCCUCAUUACCACAGCCGCUGGCAGCUCAUGCAGGAGCAGUGCACAAUGGAAAGAUUUACAUAUCAGGUGGUGUUCAUAAUGGCGAGUACGUCCAGUGGCUGUAUUGUUAUGAUCCAGUCAUGGAUGUUUGGGCUCGGAAGCAAGAUAUGAACACUAAGAGAGCAAUCCAUGCCUUAGCCGUAAUGAAUGAUCGUCUAUAUGCAAUUGGCGGAAACCAUUUAAAAGGUUUCUCACAUCUGGAUGUCAUGCUUGUGGAGUGUUAUGACCCAAAAGGAGACCAGUGGAAUAUCCUACAGACACCAAUCCUGGAAGGACGCAGUGGCCCAGGAUGCACUGUACUAGAUGAUCGGUUUUAUCUUGUUGGGGGCUACAGCUGGAGCAUGGGAGCUUACAAGUCAUCAACUAUUUGCUACAGUCCGGAUAAGGCUAGCUGGACGGAACUGGAAGGAGAUGUGGCUGAGCCCCUUGCUGGCCCAGCUUGUGCCACUGUCAUACUACCAACCUGUGUCCCGUACAACAAAUAGCGGCUGCACAGUGGACAACAUUGUAAUAUUACAGAGACUUUAUUGUUGGGGAAUAAGUUUCUUGCUUUAAGAGGUUGAACAAGCAGGAGAGAAAUGCAAAGUUCUUAAAGAUUUAGCAACUGCCGAUAUGUUGGUAGUACUACGUAAUAAGCUAGUAAUUUACAAAACAGGGAGAUUUAUAAUAAACCAAUGGGCACAAUUAUUUGCUGCACUGGUGUAAUAUAAUACUACAAAAGACAUCUGGUGUGCAUUGUGCCCUGGGGUGGGAAGUUAUCCAGUGUGGGACAAUUCUUUUACACAUGGGUCUGCAGUAUUUACUACCAGUAUAUGUUAUUACCCUGUAGGUGUUUAAUGAUGCAUUUGUUCCGACCACUAGCACACAACCAGCACAUUUCCAAAUAUAGAAUGUCCCUAGCAACAAAACCUCUAGGGGUACCUAUGACUUUUCCUAAAUCAGUUCCCUUGUUACUUUCUGAAUCUAAGAGCAACAAAGAAUAAAUGUCCAUACUUACAAUGUCCAUACAUACAAAAAUUAGAGAGAAUGUGGCCUGGGGGAUGCAACUAUAUUUAUACAGGUAGUUGACAAUUACAAGCACCUGUGAAUUAGAAAUAACAACAUGAAAAUUGAUUUUUACAUGGAGUAUUUUAUGGGUAUCUUUAUAUGGUCUUUAAAUGCAGGGCACUGUAACAUUGUUCAGUAUUACAACAGAGUAUGGCCAAGUUUAACUAUUUAGAGGUCACCCAUGGACUUAAUGAUCAGUCACUUUGUUUCCACAUUGCAUCACGUUUUGAUUAAUGGCAAACGUGCAUUAAAGCCAGCCCUUUAUAUGGAUCUAGGCAGAUUGUGGGAAAACAGCAUAACUCUCAGUAGUCUUAACUUUAAUGGAAAUGUUCUGACUGUCAGACAGGAAAAGGAUGUGGUCUAUAAGAUAAAGUGCUGCUUCACUGUACUAUGGGGUGUGCUUCUGGAUAGUUUGGGGCAUGGUUUGGACACACUAAAGGUACUGGUCUUAUUUUGUUACACUUUUUUUGCCUUUAGAGAAGGUAAUUUAUGAAGUACAAAAUGGCCGUGUAGCAGCGCAGUAUCAGCUGUAGUAGCCUGCUCAAAUACACCUAGCUUUACACAAAAACACAGAGGUCUAUGAUAAGAUGGCGGAUUUGGCAGAUGGCAGCAGGUUGUACAGGCUAAGGGCAGAUUGAGGGAUCCCCUAGUAUGAAGUAAGCACAUAUGGGGGAAUUCAAAUUUUUGAAAAGUCAGUUGGGUGUCUGUUUUUUCCUGUCUAUUAGAUAAGAAAAAACAGACACCCAACUGACUUUUCAAACAUUUGAAUCUUCCCCAUAGUGCGCUUAUGUUUGCAGAGCAAUGCCAAACAGAAUUUAAUUUUACAGAGUGAAAUGAAUUAGGAUGAUGAUAGAAAGAACCUGAGAGGUAGUAUUUAUAUUUUCAUUUUAUUUUUGCUCCAACUUAGAGCUGGAGGUCUUUGAGUCUUUUCUGUUUCUUGGGACAGCUGUAACACAGUCUUGUUGUAAUUGGUCGAUAAGAGCAUUUACAGGCACACUCCAAGCAAUGUUAUAAAAGGCUUGACACAUAAAUACACUGCCAGAUGUUAUAGAAACAGUCCCAUUCUCCUCUAACUUUCAUCACUAAUUGAAACUGUAAGUAAGGUUAAAGCAAAGAGCAUAUUAGUAAAAUAAAAAAAGAGAAGAUUAGUAAAAUGAAUAGCUUGUUUUAAAGUGGGGAUAUACUUGGACAUUACUCCACAUCGCUUUGCUUCUCUCACGCCUCUAGUGGGCAGUUGGCUGGCAUGUACUGUGCAGUGCUAGCCAGACCAUGACUGUGGUACCACACAUGCAGUGACAGAUAAAACCCUGACAUUGUGAUCUGCUAUCCGCGUGGCCUCUGAAGUGCUGCCUUUCCAAGAUAGAGGAAUAUGUGGCACAUGAAAUAGGUAGCAGGGGGCUGCCUUACACUACUACAUACAGUGAUAUUCAUGGACAUACUGUAUGAUUAUUAUUUACCUACAUAUUACAGAGUGCUGUACAAUCAUUGCAAUCAGCAAAACAAGUUUCUCACUCUAGGAACUUGCAGUCUAAAUGACAAAAUCCAGAUAAGGAUAUUAAAGUAUUCUUAGUAACGGGUGUGGUAUACCAUGUUAAUGUUCAAAAUGUCAACAUUCAGGAUAUUGACACUAAAAUGACAACAUUCAGGAUGUCAGCAUGGCCGAAGUGUCAAUAUUUGACAUGCACAAUAUUAACAUAUCAACAUGCAUAAUGAGAGUGAGAGUGAGAAUGUCAACGGUACUAUUUACCUCUAACCACAGCCUAACCCUAACUGUAGCCUAAGCAUAGUCUAUCCCUAACCACAGCCUAACCCUAACUGUAGCCUAAGCAUAGUCUAUCCCUAACCACAGCCUAACCAUAGUCUAACCCUAAACGCAGCCUAAUCCUAACUACAGCCUGACCCUAACUGUAGCCUAACCAGAGUCUAACACUAACCACAGCCUAACCCUAACCAUAGUCUAACCCUAACUGCAGCCUAACACUAACUGCAGCCUAACCCUAACUGUAGCCUACCCAUAGUCUAACCCUAACUGUAGCCUACCCAUAGUCUAACCCUAGACGCAGCCUAAUCCUAACUACAGCCUGACCCUAACUGUAGCCUAACCAGAGUCUAACACUAACCACAGCCUAACCCUAACUGCAGCCUAACACUAACUGCAGCCUAACCCUAACUGUAGCCUACCCAUAGUCUAACCCUAACCACAGCCUAACCCUAAAUGUAGCCUAAACAUAGUCUAUCCCUAACUGUAGCCUAACCAUAGUCUAACCCUAACUGCAGCCUAAUCCUAACCACAGCCUAACCCUAACUGUAGCCUAACCAUAGUCUAACAUUAACCACAGCCUAACCCUAACCAUAGUCUAAUCCUAACUACGGCCUAACCCUAACUGUAGCCUAACCACAGUCUAACACUAACCACAGCCUAACCCUAACCAUAGUCUAACCCUAACUGCAGCCUAAUCCUAACUACAGCCUAACCCUAAAGGUAGCCUAACCAUAGUAUAACACUAAUCACAGCCAAACCCUAUCCGUAGUCUAACCCUAACUGUAGCCUAACCCUAACUGUAGCCUAACUACCCACAGCCUAACUCUAACUGUAGCCUAAUGCUAACUCUAACCACAGCUAAACCCUAACCCUAAUAUGUUCAUAAUGUAGAAAUGCAUUUGGACACCAGUGUAUCCUGCAAGAGUGUUUAUAAAUGCUUGUGAUAUUCUGCAUUGUCAUGAGUUCAUGUCUCGCUGGCAUUGAGGAAACAUGGUGCCUAUCACCUGAGUUUGUCUCGUUGUACUGUUCCUAAUUCCUUGUUCACUUUCUAACUUACUGAAUUUUCUCUGACUUUCAUCUAAGACAAUGAUCUAUGGGCCUCUGUUCUUGAUGUACUGCAUUUUAUUAUGUGCAUAAAAGUGCAAAGGGUCCUUUUUUUUACAAUUAUAGACUAUAAUCAGUUUUGCCUACAGGGUUCUACAUGCGCACACAUUUUACAGGUUGAAGUAAAAAUAUAAUUUAAUAGGCAGACAAGCAUGAAGUAUUAAUAGGUUCAACAUCAGGAUGUAAUCUAUGUCAGCUGUGCAUUCUGCUGAAUCAACCUCUGUGUUCAUUCUGUGCGCCGAGAGGAUCUGAUCAUGAAUUAUCUUAAGGACACAGGUUCAAUGCAAGAUCAACCAAUCACUUAUGUGUAGAAACGUCUUUUAGAAUAACCUAGAACCAUUCUGCCUCAUAACUGUCCACUCAGUAGCACAGUUUUACUGUAAGUUGUCCGCUCACAAUAUCAUGCUGUUAUGCCACACCCAGUAAUGUACUCAGUGCUAAUGCUGCUACUCUUUACAGUUCUAUUCUGAGACACAAUUACAAUUUUCACAAAAUAAUAUAAAAAAAAUCUCAGAGUGCAGGUACAUUAGACACGCUUGUUGAUCAUUCUGUAAAUGAUAUACUUUCAUACAAUUUUACACGUAGUUGAUUUUGAAUAAUACAGUAUCGUUAUUUACCCAUGUGCUUUAUUCUAUUUCCCCCAUUAUCGCAAGGAUAGACCUUAAAAUAAGUCCAUUGGUGUACCUUUUUUUCAAUCUGCUGAUUUCAUGAAGCCUCCUAGCUCCCCACGCCAAUCUCCUGUACACACCUGAUUCAGACAGGUUGCUGGCUUAGGUAUGCUCUUCUCCUGUGUACUUACCUGUCCCUGUAAAUGUUGCCUAAGAAACAUGGGGGCAGAUGUAUUAACCUGGA